UUGUAUUCACUAGGAUCAACUGACUGACUUUGGCCAUCGUUCUCAGACGUAUAGUGCCGAACGGUUCAGCGUCAAUAUCGCGCAUAGAAUCGAAUAAAAUUCUCAUCUGGUUCCAUAUUUUCUUCCUUGUAUCUUUCUUUGAGCUGCGAAAUAUAUCGAAUCGAAAGUCGACGUGCAGGCUGCAGCAGUAGACGAUGCAAUUUCCAAGAUAGCUAGGGGUUGUUGACCGUGAGAAGAUUGGAGCUGAGCGAACAACGCGUAUUAAAGACCCUAUUGCCUUGUGGCUCAUUGACGACCACAACAGAAACAAGCACGACACAGAAAUUGAGUUUUACGGCCACUCAACGCGAUUUUUCACCUACCCUGUCCUGUCUUAUGCUUCCCAUCCGGACACGCGAAGUCAUAGAAAUAUCCGACAGCGAGUCGGACACCUUUACCGCCUCUUCACGCUCCAGAAAGUCGAGAAGUGCCACUCUCGUGCCCUCCGAGCACAAAGUCGCGUCACUGAAACGUUCUCCACGCUCUCAUGGCCCCGGAAAGCCGUACGAUGUCGUUUGUACACCUACCGGCGACUCAAGCAGGUUCCCAGAAAGUGUUCUGCGGUCAUUUGUUGAGAGCCAGCCCGUUCCGAGUUCAAUCACUAUCUCCGGGCAAAAGCUCACGCCUACCAAAGGCUUCAACAUUUUCUGGUACUGGUGCGCGGAACGGAAGCUAAUUGAUGAUCGGAGGAGAGCUGGUUAUCAAGCGCCAUGGACUGAUGACACUAUCCUUCGGGAUCACUUCUUCUGCAAUACCUUUCGCGUUCUUGACCAAGUGUCACAAUUUAUCAUCAAGGAGGUCAUCGAAAAAGGACCAAGCGAACCGAGGGAAGUACUCUUUAGAGUCUUACUUUUCAACCUAUUUACCAAGCCGGCGACUUGGAAAUACCUUGAAGAGCAGUUGGGUCCUUUGACGUGGAAGUCCUACAGCCAGGACAAAUACUUUUCCGUCCUGUCGAAAGCGAAGAAGAGUGGAGUGACUCUUUACACGGGCGCCUUUCAGAAGCCUGCACCAUCCUUCGGGUUGGGAGACAACUUCAAAAACCAUCUUGCCCUGCUCGAGAUCUGGAUGACUAGAGACCAUCUUCUCGACCAUAUCAACAAGGCACGCUAUCUUGCCGAUAUCUUUGAAUUCAUCGCUUCAUUCCCCGGCAUGGCAGAUUUUACCGGUUACCAACUCUUGCUGAACCUCGGCUACACCGAGCUCUUGCAGUUCUCCGGUAUGGACUUUGUUGUACCUGGACUAGGGGCGCAGUCAGGUCUCGUAAAACUGUUUGGUGGUAGCUUGAAGAAGGCCAAGGCCAAGGUCCCUGGUAUCGAGGUCGACAUCAUCGAGUGGAUGACGAAGCAUCAGAGAUAUCAUUUCGAGCGCUUAGGGCUUCAAUGUCCCGUAUUAGGGCCGGACAACCUGACCAUGGAACUUGCAGACGUCGAGCAUGCCAUUUGCGAGGUCGACAAGUACCUACGGAUGUCACAUCCAUCGCUGAAGGGAUUACACGAUCGCACGCACAAUAAGAGGGCCAGCUUCAAGCCCUCCAGUCACUAUCCAGCGAAACCGACUCUUCCCAAGGCCUGGAGUCAUCCGGCCCGUAAAAUCACGCGAGUUCGGGUUGAGAGGCCCCAGAUUGACAAACGUUACACGGUCGCCUACAUCGGAGACAUGAUGAAGGAUAAGAAUGGCAAGGUUCUCUACAAGGUGUUUUGGGAGAACUAUAGUGAUGAUCAGGCUACGUGGGAGCCGGAGGACGAGCUGAAGAAGGAUGCUCCAUUGAAGGUGGAGGAAUUUCUGGAGAACCGAAGGCACAGGCACUAGACGUGUUAUUGUGUGAGUUUUUUUUGCUGAUUGCUGUGUUGCAUUUUUUUCGUUGCUUUUGCUGUCUAGUCCGUGAUGUAUUCUGUAUAUAGUCUAGUCGUAUUUCUUGUGUAUAAUGUACCUGUCUCGAAUUGGAUAGCAUGGGAAUCGCGCGUCAGUAUCCGGCAUUGAUU